AUGCUUACAAUGGAAACACGCGUGAAAAGACCGACAACUGAUGAUAGGACAGACAACGCUGAAUGUUCUUCAAGGCGCGGUAAGCGAUGGCACAAGCAUGACUCGCACAUCAGGCACAAAGUGUCCGCCAUACGGGACCUGAAUAUACACUCAAACCCAUGCACCACACAUAAAGGUGUCGUAAUUGCGCAGAGAUCCCACAACGGCAAGCAAACACGAGUCACUGACUGUGACCCAAGGAAGUCCCAGUCCAGUACCAGCCUUGGUGGAUUGAGGAAAGCAGGUACCAUUCCGCUAACAAAGUGCAGUGCUCGAAAAGCAAAUAAGAAAAAAUAA